UCUUGUCUUUAAAAACGCGUCGCAUGGAGAUCGAGCAGCUGACACAGAGGAGAUGGGCGCCGAGUUCAACAAGUCCAGUCUGAGCCGUGCGGCCAGCUUCCUCAACUCCGCAGUGGGCUUCCUGGUGUUCUCCUUCCUCGACGUCCUCGACGCGAUCCUCUGCGUCGUCUACAAGCUCGUGGACUCCGCCAUGGAGACCGACUCGAGGCCGUGCUACUGCUCCCCGGAGGAGGUCACCAUCAGCGGCGACUUCCUCGUAUCAGCGACGAAAGGCCGCACCGUUGUUCCAGUGGCUGCCAAGCUCCGGUUGGGGGAUGUAUCUGACACCCUUUACUAUCGCCCGUCCCAAGUUGCUGAGCUCACUGAGAAGGCCGCCAUUGCCGUGGGCUAUAAGACCAGCAAAUCGAUUCGAUUCACUGUGAGCUCUGACGUCAUCGGGGCGCUCAAGGAGAAGACCAGUCGCGGACGACGGCCGCUGUGGUCCGACUGCGACUGCAAGAAAUGCAAUUCUCCGGAAUCUCACCUAUAUGUUCAUGUCGAAGGACCCAAAGACACAUCUACGACGACGACGGACGUCAUUUUCAUUCAUGGAUUCAUAUCGUCGUCGGCGUUCUGGACGGAGACGGUGUUUCCGGAGUUCUCAGACGCGACCAAGUCGAACCAUCGGAUGUUCGCGGUGGACCUGCUGGGGUUUGGCCGGAGCCCGAAGCCGGCGGACUCGCUGUACACGCUGCGGGAGCAGGUGGACAUGAUCGAGAAGUCGAUCCUGAAGCGGCACAACGUUCGGUCCUUCCACAUCGUUGCCCACUCCAUGGGGUGCAUCAUCGCGUUGGCGCUGGCGGUCGAGCACCCAGAGGCGGUCAAGUCGCUUGCAUUGAUCGCUCCGCCAUACUUUCCGGUGCCCGAAGGGGAGAAGGCGGCGCAGUUCGUGAUGCGGCAGGUGGCGCCGAAGAAGCUGUGGCCGCCAAUAAUGUUUGGGGCGUCGAUGUCGUGCUGGUACGAGCACGUGAGCAGGACGAUUUGCCUGUUAAUCUGCAGAAAUCACCGGUUGUGGGAAUUCCUCUUCAGACUCAUCACUCGGAACAGGAUAAGGACCUACAUGAUGGAUGCCUUCAUGUGCCACACCCACCGUGCUGCAUGGCACAGCUUGCACAACGUGAUAUGCGGGAGUGCGGAGGCGAUGGAACGGUACAUGGAUAGGGUGAACAGACGGAGCUGCUGCGACGUGGCGGUGUUCCAUGGCGACGACGACGAUGUCCUCCCUGUCGACUGUAGCUACGCCGUGGGGUCGAGGAUCCCCAGGGCUCGUGUCAAGGUGUUCCAGAGGAAGGACCACAUCACCAUCGUCGUCGGCCACCACAAGGCCUUGGCCGGGGAGCUGGAACAGAUAUGGAGGAACGCAGGCAGCCCAACCAACAAAUAGCCAUCCGCAGGUCGAUACAAGAAACCCAAAUUAACACCACAACCCUGCCUUCUCUUUUAUGUUGGGUCAUGUACUAAUACCCUAUGCCUAAUCUUUUAUUUAUAUACAUAAUUUUUAUUUAUAAAGAUAAAUGAUGAA